CUUGCCCACUUCCGGUAAAGACGAGAUCGGACGUCGUCGCUGCGCGCGCCGUGAACAUGUCGCCCUCGUCGUCGACGCGGUCUCUCCUCCUCCUCCUCCUCGUCGCGGCCGCCGCAUUUCAAAACGCGGUGCGCUGCGAGGCCAGACCGAACCUCGUGCUGAUCCUCACCGACGACCAGGAUGUCUCGCUGGGCGGAAUGACACCGCUAAGCAAGACACAGAAGCUUAUUGGAGAUGCAGGCUUCACAUUCACCAACAUGUUUGUGUCGAGCCCACUGUGCUGCCCCAGCCGCAGCAGCCUGCUGACGGGCAAGUACCCGCACAACCACGGCGUCACCAACAACUCCCUGCAGGGCAAUUGCAGCGGAGCAACGUGGCAGAAGCGCGAGGAGCCGCACGCCCUGCCCAUGCGCCUGCGCACCGCUGGGUACCAGACUUUCUUCGCUGGGAAGUACCUGAACCAGUACGGAUCUGCUGAAGUGGGUGGCCCCUCGUACGUGCCCCCAGGCUGGGAUGAUUGGCUGGGCUUGGUGAAGAAUUCCAAGUACUAUAACUACACCGUGUCUAACAAUGGCAAGGAAGAAUUCCAUGGGCAGAACUACACGAUGGACUAUUUAACGGACUUAAUAACGAACAGGUCGCUGGAGUUCCUGGAGGACCGGUGGCGCGUGAGUCCCUUCUUCAUGAUGAUCUCUCCGCCCGCCCCCCACGAGCCGUGGGAUGUGGCGCCGCAGUACGCCAACAGCUUCCCCGACACGCGGGCACCGCGCACCAAAAGCUUCAACGUGCACGGCAAGAAUAAGCAUUGGUUGAUACGUCAGGCGCGCACUCCAAUGGCGAACACAUCCAUCGCGUACCUGGACAAGAUCUUCAGAAAGAGGUGGCAGACUCUGCUGUCUGUUGAUGACCUCGUGGAGAAAGUGGUCAAGAAGCUGGAGGAAACUGGAGACCUGAAAAACACUUACAUUCUGUUCACGUCCGACAACGGCUAUCACGCAGGCCAGUUCUCGCUACCCGUCGAGAAGUCCCAGCUGUACGAGUUCGACAUCCGGGUUCCGCUGUUGCUCAGAGGGCCCGGUGUCGCGGCCAACCAGAAGUGCUCGAAACUGGUGGCGAACGUGGACAUAGCCCCCACCCUGCUGGAGCUGGCAGGCCUCGACGUGUCCAAGACCGACAUUGACGGGAUGUCGCUGCUGCCGCUGCUGAACGAGACGAGCAAGGCACCGUGGAGGACCGAUGUGCUCGUCGAAUACCAGGGCCAGGGGGCCCACAGCGACCCCCACUGCCCCAACUUGGGCCCAGGCGUCUUUCACUGCUUCCCGGACUGCGUGUGCGAGGACUCAAUCAACAACACGUACGCGUGCGUGCGCACCCUCUCCAAUUCCGCCAACCUGCAGUACUGCGAGUUUGCCGACACAGAGGAGUUUGUCGAAGUCUACAACGUGACCAGUGACCCGGAUCAGCUGACCAACAUCGCCAAGAGCGUCGACCCCUCGGUGCUCGUGCGCAUGAACCAGCGGCUCAUCAUGCUUCAGUCGUGCCACGGCCCCAGUUGCCGCUCGCCCGGGGCGCUCGACCCGGGUUUCAAGUUCGACCCAGCAGCCAUUUUUCCAGGGAAACCUUUUGCCCAGAGAGCACGGUUCCUUCCCUGACGACGUCGCCACCUUCACGCCUCCUCCACGACACGAGUGGCCCACUAAGCGUUGUCCUAAAUGUUCCCCAGUCCAUGCUAAACUGGGGGAAUGCCUACCGUGUGGUCUCUAAGGGCCCACGCGAAUGCACAGGUGUGAAUGCCGAUUGUUUUGUUGGUGUGUGUGCCCGUUUUUUAUAUUAUUCAUGUUUAGUUUUAACUGUGCCCCAUGUGCCAGUACCACACAUGGUUCCCCAUAUCUCACCCAGCCAAUCACUGGCAUAAGUCAAUCGGAAGCCCUGUGUUCUAUAGUUAUAGUUAAACCAAAUUGGUCCACAGCUGCAGCAGAUUGUGGCUGGCAUGUCGACACACGUCAUCAUCAGGCUCGGGCUUUGUCAGCAGUUGGUUGGGUGACAACGAAGACAAUGUCAUGUCACACUCAAAGUGGCAUUCGAUGCUCUCUGUUACAAGUUAUUAUUUUUGCAGUAUUAGAAGACAUUGCCAAAAGAAGCAUUAGCCCCGAUAUAUGGUGUUAAUUUAUAAAUUAUUUCUAAUCUGUGGAUGUUAAACAUUCUGUUGUGUUUCACACAGUGUAGUGAAUCGAUCAGUUUUCUCAAUUUGGGGGCCGCAAUUUGAUUCAAUAAUAUAUUUUUGUCUUCUCCCAUUAACCAUCUUGUUUGUAUCGUUGCUUUUUCUGCCUCUCAUUUGUACAGUUUUUGUGUUCACUCGAUUGGCCUCAACGUAACAUGAGCAUAUCAUUUGCAUGCAUCAAAAUAGUUGGUUCUUACACUCACAACGCAUGCAUUGUGAGUGUAAUGUUCGCUUUACGUCCUUGAAUCAAUGCGUCGUUACACGUUUUAGGCUCCAUAGAAUGGGUUGAGGUCAAGAGCUCGCCCUGGCCAGCGAUGUCGAUACCACCACUCACCCACCACCAACACCACCAACACCACCGCCACCACCAACACCACCCACCCACCACGGCUUCUUGCUGUGAGACUCGUCAGCUGUUGUCGCCACCCGAACCUUUGAGGUCUCCUCUCGUCGGCUCCCAGUGUCUGGGUUUGUCUGCACCUUGCUGCUCUCCUAUCUCGGCCUCUGCUCUCGUGUCCGUCACCUGCCCUCAUCCAUCUUGCACAUUUGGCCGUGAACUGCAACAUCCUGGCAUCCAUAGUUGGCACCACAUUGGAAAUAUCCUCUCUGACUUAGCAGCCUGUAGUAGAACCAAUAGACUUGAGCUCCCCACUAACACUCCAUGUGGACAGGUUGAUAUGACCCCAACUGACUUACAUUUUACAGGAAAAAGUAAGCAUUAUUAGAGUCUAUAACGAUAAAAGAUACAUUUUACUCGUAAAUAAUAUAUUUAGUACUUAACAUAUAAAUGUACUAAGGGGUUCUUCAAGUUAAAAAUCACACUGCUCAUAGAAGGUGAGUAGUCAAACGCUCCGUUCUUUUGUGUUAACCCAAGCCAAGGUGGACUAUGCCCUGGGCUACAGCACCUCCACGUAUUCGAUGCAGACUCGUGACUGCCAUCUGCAGCAUCGAAAUCCCACCGACUGCCCCCAUUGCAAAUGGUGGUGGUGCUGCUUAUGCUAUAAAUAAUUUGCAUGAUUCUAUAUUCAAAGUUUCAUACUUUACACUUUUGUAAAAGCCCACUUCGAUGACCUCCGUUGAGACAGGUGGCUUGCUAAGGAACUGAGACGGAAUUGAAGCGCAUAACGCGUGAACUAGCGCCGCCUUCCAGGAACUUGUGAUGUGAAGGCACUCAGACAAUGAAUCGUGUAUUCAAGUACGGAGGAAGGAUCGCCAAUCUCUCAAGCUCCAAACAAAACCUGACAUUUCCUGGCUUCAAACAACUGCCCUGUUACGCAUCUCAGCUGUCUGUUCAAAUGAGCGAUGAGAUGGCAUUCCGCCAUUAGUAGCCCUGAGCGAGUGUGGUGGAAAUUCCACAUUCACUUGCGGUGUUUAGUCUCCACUGCAGCACAGAAAAGUGGUUCUCAUUUUCUUAAAUUAAACGGAGUGUGGUGUGAGUAUAGCGCCACCCAGCCGCAUGUAUGAAUGACAACAAGCGACGUGUUACUUGCUAUUUCGCAUAAAUAUUGCCGAGUUGUGACAAUCUGUGAUGUGCCAGUGCUUGGCAAGUUAGCAAAUACGUUUGCUCACAUUAAGGGAACGUCCUUGGCCUAACGAAACCUUCGCCUAUAAUGUUUACCAAUUUUGUACCCCUGUGUAUUCAGACUAAUCAACACGUAGCGACGUUGAUAUGCUCGUCCAAGUCAUAGUAUUAUGUUCAUGUGGACAGCGCUUUAGCCACUUGAUACCAAGCUUCAGAGAUUGUCUGGAGGCGGCUCAGUCCGAGGGAGACUGAAGCGGGACGCGGACCGAGGCUUGAGAAAGCUGUGCCUCCACGCGGCCCACUGCCGCGGUUUACAGGUCCUGAGGGGAGUUCGUGUGCUCCGCUAGGCGACGUGGCACGAUUACCACAAUUCAGGUCGAGAUGCUGAGCUGGGACUACAUAAAUACAAUGAUAGCUCUACCUACACCAAGUAAACCAGUCCACCUGUGCCAUCGACUGACGUGUUAUCCACACGCAGACGUGUUACCCACACGCUUGGGGAACGCACCAUCCCAUCUGCAUUGGGAGCGUUUACGUGGCGGGAGCCGGUGGAGGUGUUCCACGUUCUAAACGGGACCGGUCUCUCCACCCGAACACCACGGGUGACUUGCCAGGAGUGACGCUCUCGUUUUAUUUUAUAACCAAAAACCGAAAGAACAUCACCAAGUUGAUCAUUGAUCGUGGUGCAUAUUGAUUUUAGUUUAACGACUAUUUUCACCGAUUCUUUAAAAACGGCGUGAAUCUGCACUAUUACUUGUGUCGCCUCGUGCAAAUGCAUCCUAAUCUGUGUGCACGAUGUGCCUCGCGCGUGCGGGUUUGUUGCGUUUGCCUCGCAAGAGUUGGGCAGUCGUGAGUCUCCGUGAAUGCCCUUCCACUGCUCGGGUUCCCUCCAGCUGCGCCCCCCCCCCCACAAAAUGGAACAGUCCGACGUGGGCUUAUACAAUGAAAAAGGAAAUCCAGCACUGCAUCUUCCUGUGGUACCACAAUAGUUUUAAAGUUCGUUAAUUUAACCAAGCUGUGUGCUGUACUACUCGCAACUACAUAGUGGCAAUUGUAGCUUUGAAAAUUGUGGUUUAGACCGCAGCAUCUUUAACGUCCCUGUGAGAUGAAACAGGCAACAAAAUCGCUCAACAGAAGACAAAUCAAAGGGCAAACCAUCAAGAGAGGUGAGUGUAGUCAUUUUGGCACCCGUUUGGUUGUGGCUGUUGACACACGGCGUUGGAUUUCUAUAUUUAGAUCGUUCCAUUUUCUACCUGGGCAGGGACAAACGUGGAGUGACCAAAAAUGAAGCGACCGAGGGAAUGGCUGCGAGCGUUGAGAAACAGCCCCCCGGCAGGCAGGUAUCAUCGGUGCUGAAAGGCAAAUAGCGCCGCUGCCUGCCCGCACCAAGUGGGCCCAGACCUCUUGCGUCGCGCGAGCCCCAGCACACACCGGAAUGCCACUUUGUAACUCAACUACAACCUCGGAGCAGCGUGGGGUGGAGCACCCAAUCCAACUCUGUCCUUCAACUUUUAUAUCAAUCUGCUCGCCUCCCACUCGCCCGAAUCGCACCGCUUGCACCAAUGGCUUUGUGUUUUUCCAUUUGGUUUGGUCGCUGUUUAGUUUGCGUGGACAGAGCUGCAGUGUUGUUGCAAUCUUUCAGGCGUCUACCGUGGCUAAGCUAUGCGUAGGAGCGUCUCUUCUUGACAUCGCGAUGGAGCUGCUGUUCUCUGUGGGGCCCAUGCUGCUGAACUCUGGGUUCGUUGGAUUUGGUGGCAGUUGAUGUCUUCUUAGUGCAUUGGCCAAUACUGAAAUGUUCACAAAUAGUGUGUUUGUGUUUUCUAGGUUAUUUAAAUCGUGUACUACAUGUUGAUUUAUUUCGCAUUGAUCCAUUUUAUUCUGCAAAUGCUUAGUUGAAAUAAAGUUUGCGUUAAUUUAAAGAUAAUUCUUAGUUUAAGUUAUGAGUAACUUUUAAAAGCUGUAUUACUAAAACUGCUACAAAUGUUAGCAGAAGUGUUAUUUAAAACUUGGGUUAACACCAAAAACCUUGUACGAGUCUCGUCAUGUAAACACAGACCAUGGUUAUAAUAGCGUAAUGGUCCAGUACUGACAAACAUCCAGAGAGCGCACGCGUUUCCGCGAUUAUUGACCCAUUUAUCCUCUGUAAAGGUGAUUUAGCCAAGUUAAACACACACGUGUGUGCCGCUGCGGCAGGUACAAUGCAACGGUUCUGCUAUCGGACCAUUAUUGUUGAUGGCGGCGUCUUUGAGAGGUUCCUUGGGUCGAGGAGUGUUGCUCCGCCACGCACGUGACGCUCGCGUGAACCGACCCACCACCGCCCCGUGAACACCGAUUGAAAUUUCCUUUGAAAUGUUAUUAAAAAAGUAAGUUGACUUGAA